AGCCACUACAAUCACAUCAGGCAUUGACCUAUACCUCUUUUGUAGCCCUUGGCCUAUCGCAGAUGCGAUGGAUCAACAUCACGGCGACAGCCUCAGUGAAACCUCACCCUCAUCAAGUCGGAGCAGCGUCCGGCCAAAGCGCCGCAGUCUCCUGCCGCAACCUGGAACGCCGACCUCCACUAUCAGGACAAUUGCAUGCCCAGGAUCCAUAAUGGAACUUACAGAUAAUAGCCACUCCAACAUGAGUGCUCCUGAAUCCCCGAAAUCAUCAGCUUCGAUACCUUUGACUCGCGGCAACUCUGUGACUGGUUCAAGGCUGGGACGACUUCGACCACGUUCCACAUAUCAGACAGGAGCACUCAUAACAGAGAAGACCACCGGAGUCGAGAAACCGGCAACAUCACAAUCAAUGCGGCCACCCAGCCUAUUGAACAAACUUUCUGCAGCAUCGUCGACAGGAGGACUUGGGCGAGCACAAUCGUUACGCAGACCAGCUGCUCCAACGCAAUUCAGUCCUUCUGCGCCUGCCGCGUCUCACUUGCGCACCCAAUCCACCAGCAUUGUAACACUGAAUAGGAGCAAUACAACAAGACCGAGGACUACUGCGGAGAGGCCAAAAUCUGUGCACAUCCCCUCCAAUAUUGCCACAUCGGCCAGCAGUGGUUCGUCACAGCCAGAAUCUGCAACUGCAAGGGUCUCCACGCGUCUUGCUGGGCUGAGCCGGUCAGAAAGUGUCAAGACAAGGCCCGGUGCAUCGAAUAGUGGUUUGCGACCCAGAGCAGCAACAAAGCCUGAUGAGGCUGCUCCUCCACACACGAGAACCAUGGCUCCGCCACCAAAACCUAGAGAACCGGUCAACGAAGAGCCCAAGAAAGCUCCCGCCAGGCCUGCAUUUAGUACGCUGCAGCAACACUUCACACCGCGCAAGACAGGCAAAGCACCAACCUCAACAUUCCUCCAUCCAGCCCCAGUCACGACAAACAACAGUCUAUCACCUGAGCUCAUCACUCUGCAAAUGGAUCUCUUGCAGUUGCACCUCCUCCACUCAGACGCCGCAGAAGUCAGCAAACAGUGGGAGGCAAGUGCCAAACGCACAUUACGUACCAAGUUCGAUGAAGUCUCCAGCAUGUACCAAGUGAUGCUCGAGCGCGAGCGCUCCAGUCAAGAGCAGAAGAACCUGCAGGCCCUCCUUGAAUGGACCGGGGGCAAAGCAUCGGGCAGCUUAGUCAAGCACAUCCAAGUCCUCUCUGGCCCACUGCACGAACUUCCUUCCUUGACGCAAAAUGGCGGCCGGUUCCAGCGGCACGUCGCUGCUUUCGAGCAGUGGGUGUUGUGGGUCGAGGAGGUGCGUGCAGCGCGACAGGACCGGGUAGAGGGCGACAUGGGAUCGAUUGAGGGGCUGGGGGAUGAGUGGCAAUCGGAGAAUGCGGCGCUCAUGCGCAAGCUGACUUGCUUUGCACGGGAUAUGAGCGGAUUGGCUCAGCCCGGUGCUGGGUCGAGUAUUGCGACUAUUGUUAGUUGCUGUGAGAGUUUGCUUGAUGGGCUACUGGAAGAGCUGAGGACCAUGCAGACUAUCGAAGUAGAUGUUGUGGAGAAGGAGAAGGAAUGGGUGGAGACGAGACUGCAGGGUAUCGCAGCGGAUGUUGGCUCCUUCGCUGUCGGUGAGACGCCAGCCUGGCGCAUGUAAGCCUCUAGGACCUUGAUCGUGACGCUCAAUAUAGCCGGCAAAUAGUAACACCAUCUACAUUCC